AUGACGGACAACAACAAGAAUGGCAAGAAGCCCGAGGAGAAACCUCUAAGUGAAGAAACCCGCGAAGACCUGCGCCGCAUGACAGCCAGCCUCACUGAUCAAACCACCAUCGAGACGCUCUCCCGUGCCGGUAUGAUGGCCAAGAAUAAGAGAGAGCAGUCGCACUUCACUCGUGAGAAAGCGGUCGCCCGCGUCGAGGCUGGGGAGAAGAAGGAGGCUGUCCCGCCUUACAAGAUCAACCAAGAUACACAGACAUAG